AUGCCCAGUUAUCCAAGUGGUUCCUUGAUGUUCGCUGCAAAUCUGAUGGAGAAAGAAGAGGCUCGCGACCUGGCGGUUGCUCAGCUUGUUUCGUUAGGCUAUCCUGCUAACCUCGCCUCCGCUAGUCUAAAGAUCACCAAAGGUGACAUGCGGGCAGCUCUUGAUCGCCUCGUCAGUAGACAAGCCAACCAAGCUAUACAGAUAAAAGAGGAGUCUUGCUAUUCUUCCUCCCCAUCAAAUUCUUCCUCAAUGAUGGAUAGAAGAGGCAGACGAGAGCGAGGCAGAGGUGGGCUGACCCGCAGAAGGAACUAUGAUCCAGAUUUGGAAGACGAUCCCAGAUUUGAUCCUGUAUGUACAGUACAGAGAAACAUGCCUGAAGUUGCCGCUUCUCGUGCAGCUGGUAUUGUUCGUUCUAAUAGCGCCGAAAGAAUAAACUUGGCAGAAGCUUUCCAGGCUGCCAAAGCUCAUGCAAAUAUUGGCCAGCAAUGUGACACAAACGCCACCACUCACUCUAGCUCCUCUGUCACCUAUAGACAAUCAGCUAGAAUUCGCCUUCCGCUUGGUUGUCCGAUCAUGGCUCCUGACAUUGGUGGUGUUUAUCGAGAGGCCAAAUUUGGUGGACUUUUACCCUUUUCUGUAGAUGGAGAGAGAGCUGUCGUGCUAACUUACGUUGCUGAUUCUCAUUCCAUGAGCCAGACGAAUGACUUAGCUGUUUCUGAUCUCGAAGAAGUGAUUGCUGUUGACCUGCUUCGAGGACUGAAUAUGGAGAAGGUAGAAUUAGGCUUGCGAAUAUACGUGCUAUUGCUUUCAUUAGUCUUAUAA